AUGACUACCGUGGAUACCAUUCUUGCUGCCAAGUAUCCGGCCAAGGCCCAUGCUCUUCGUGUCGCUGAGUCUCUUAAGGCCCGCCAUGGCGGGGCCGGAGUUAUCUACCUUGAGGCUCAAAAAACUCGACUGAUCGAGGAUAGCGACGAGGAUAUGCCAUUUAGGCAACGUCGUCCUUUCUUCUAUCUCACUGGAUGUCUUUUGCCCAAUGCCGCCGUGGUAUACGAUGCCGUCAAAGAUGAAUUGACUUUGUUCAUUCCACCAAUUAACCCAGAGUCGGUCAUUUGGUCUGGUCUUCCUCUGUCUCCCGAAGAGGCUGCGGAGCUCUACGAUGUGGACCGUGUGCUGUUCACAACCGAUGUGAAUUCGACUUUGGCGUCGAUCGCCUCGAGCCACAAUGGACAAAGUGCUGCUUUUGCAAUCGCCGAGCAUGUGUCAGAGGGCACAAUCUUCCAGGGCUUCGCUGAAACAAACACCACCAGCUUGAAGACUGCCAUCGAGGAGACUCGUGUCAUCAAGGAUGCGUACGAGGUUGCGCUUCUGCGAAAGGCAAACGACAUCUCGACCAAAGCGCACGUCGCUGCUAUCCAUGCCUCCAAGACCGCGACUAACGAGCGUGAGAUUGAGGCUGCCAUUAUCGGCGCUUGCAUUGCUAAUGGAUGUCGCGAGCAAAAUGAUGUCGACCUGGUCGACCCUAUCACUAAGCAGCGGAAGAAUAAUGUUCUCAUCGAUGCUGGCGGUGAAUACCAAACCUACUGCGCCGAUAUCACGCGUGUUAUUCCUCUGAAUGGAAGGUUUGCGCCUGAGACCCGUCAGAUUUACGAGAUUGUCCUCCAGAUGCAGACGGAAUGUAUCGCGAUGCUCAAGGAAGGCGUGUGCUGGGAUGAUGUACACGCGCUGGCACAUCGCAUUGCCAUCCGUGGCUUGUUGAAGCUGGGUAUCCUACGCGGAUCCGAGGACGAACUGUUCGAGAAGCGUGUCAGCGUGGCCUUCUUCCCCAUGGUCUCGGAUACCAUGUUCCGCUACCUGCGUGUUCGCGCUAACCUGCCUGCUGGCUCUGUGGUCACCGUUGAGCCUGGUAUUUAUUUCUGUCGCUUCAUCAUCGAUCCCGUUUUAAAGGCUCCCGAGACCGGCAAGUACAUCGAUACUGAGGUCUUGGAGCGGUAUUGGAGUGUGGGAGGAGUGCGCAUCGAAGACAACAUCCACAUCACCAAGGAUGGUUCUGAGAAUCUGACAACGGCCCCGAAAAGCAUUGAGGAGGUGGAGAGCCUGGCCUUAUAA